CUAUCAGCAUUUUUUCCACUGUGUCAACUGCGGCCAGACCGAACACCGGCAAGCGUGUGAGAGAGGGAGUCAAAUAGAAAGAUAGGGAGACAGAAGACGUUACCCAGCCCAGAAAAAAAUAUUAAAUUAUCAGAGUCUAAAUACAUAAGGAUAUUGGAAGACAAAAACGAAUUGAAUUUGGGGGAAUACAAAGACUUAAGACGCAAUAAUGACCCAAAGAGAGACGACAGUGCAUUAUAAUAACGGAUUCGGGGAUGAGGAGGACUACAUGAUACAGGAGGAUGAUUGGGACAGGGACAUGUUGCUGGACCCUGCCUGGGAAAAACAGCAAAGAAAGACCUUCACAGCUUGGUGUAACUCCCACCUGAGGAAAGCAGGAACACAGAUUGAGAACAUUGAGGACGACUUCAGGAAUGGCCUCAAACUCAUGCUUCUCUUGGAAGUUAUUUCAGGUGAGAGGUUACCCAAGCCUGACAGAGGGAAGAUGCGUUUUCACAAGAUUGCCAACGUCAACAAAGCCUUAGAUUUCAUCACCAGCAAAGGAGUGAAACUUGUCUCUAUUGGAGCUGAAGAAAUUGUGGAUGGUAACAUUAAGAUGACACUUGGAAUGAUAUGGACCAUUAUCCUCCGCUUUGCCAUCCAGGACAUCUCUGUAGAAGAAACCUCUGCAAAGGAAGGCCUUCUCUUGUGGUGCCAGAGAAAGACUGCCCCCUACAGGAACGUCAAUGUCCAGAACUUCCAUGUUAGCUGGAAGGACGGACUGGCCUUCUGUGCCCUGAUUCACAGACACAGGCCUGACCUCAUCGACUACGCUAAGCUCAACAAGGAUGAUCCUAUGGGGAACCUGAACCUGGCGUUUGAAAUAGCAGAGAAGCACCUGGAUAUUCCCAAGAUGCUGGACGCAGAAGACAUCAUCAACACCCCCAAGCCUGAUGAGAGAGCUAUCAUGACCUAUGUGUCCUGCUUCUAUCAUGCAUUUGCUGGAGCCGAGCAGGCUGAGACGGCGGCCAACAGGAUCUGUAAAGUGCUGGGUGUGAACCAGGAGAAUGAGAAACUGAUGGAGGAAUAUGAGAGGCUGGCCAGCGAGCUACUGGAGUGGAUCCGCCGGACCACCCCAUGGUUGGAGAACAGGACUGCAGAGAAGACCAUGGUUGAGAUGCAGAGAAAGCUGGAAGAUUUCAGAGACUACCGUCGCAUGCACAAGCCCCCCAAGGUGCAGGAGAAGUGCCAGCUGGAGAUCAGCUUCAACACCCUGCAGACCAAGCUGCGCAUCAGCAACCGUCCCGCUUUCAUGCCCUCAGAGGGAAAGAUGGUGUCUGACAUAGCCAGUGCAUGGCAGGGGCUGGAGGGGGCAGAGAAAGGCUACGAGGAGUGGCUUCUGACAGAGAUCCGAAGGCUCGAGAGACUGGACCACCUGGCAGAAAAGUUCCGCCAGAAAGCCAGCACCCAUGAGACCUGGGCUAAUGGUAAAGAGCUGCUUCUAUCUCAGAAGGACUACGAGACGGCCACCCUGACGGAGGUGCGGGCGUUUCUACGGAAACACGAGGCGUUUGAGAGUGACCUGGCUGCUCAUCAGGACAGAGUGGAGCAGAUUGCUGCCAUUGCACAGGAGCUCAAUGAGCUGGACUAUCAUGAUGUGGCUGCUGUCAACCAGAGGUGCCAGAGAAUCUGUGACCUGUGGGAUCAACUUGGUACACUGACCCAGAAGAGGAGAGAGGCUCUGGAGAGGACAGAGAAGUUGCUGGAAACCAUUGAUCAGUUGUUCCUGGAGUUUGCCAAGAGAUCUGCACCCUUCAACAACUGGAUGGAAGGGGCCAUGGAGGAUCUGCAGGACAUGUUUAUUGUACACACUAUUGAUGAGGUCCAGAGCCUGAUCUCUUCCCAUGAGCAGUUCAAGGCCACCCUCCCAGAGGCAGACGGAGAGAGACAGGCCAUCCUGGGGAUCCACAUGGAGGUGCAGAAGAUCUCCCAGAGCUACGGCAUCAAGGCCAACCUCAUCAACCCCUACAGCACCAUCACCACCGAGGAACUCCUCGCCAAGUGGGACAGGGUGAAGAAGCUGGUUCCCCAGAGAGAAGGCUCCCUCCAGGAAGAGCUAGCCCGGCAGCAUGCUAGCGAGAGGCUGAGACGGCAGUUUGCUGUCCAGGCUAACCUCAUCGGACCAUGGAUACAGACAAGGAUGGAGGAGAUUGGCCGCUGCUCCCUGGAGGUGGGUGGUACCCUGGAGGACCAGAUGACCCAGCUGAAGCAGUUUGAGCACGUCAUCGUCACCUACAAGCCCAACAUCGACAAGCUGGAGGGAGACCACCAGCUCAUCCAGGAGUCUCUGGUGUUUGACAACAAGCACACCAACUACACUAUGGAGCACAUCCGUGUGGGCUGGGAGCUCCUCCUCACCACCAUCGCCCGCACCAUCAACGAGAUUGAGACCCAGAUCCUGACCCGUGAUGCCAAGGGCAUCAGCCAGGAACAGAUGCACGAGUUCCGCUCUUCCUUCAACCACUUUGAUCGGAAGCUGCGUGAGGAAACUGGGGAGAACACAGGCAAACUGCGUUGUGAGGAGUUCAAGGCCUGUCUGAUCAGCCUGGGUCAUGUGGGCAAUGACCAUCAGAAGAAACACGGGGCGAUGGACACUGAUGACUUUAGGGCCUGUCUGAUCUCCAUGGGUUAUGAUUUGGGUGAAGUGGAAUUUGCCCGCAUCAUGAUGCUGGUAGAUCCCAGUGCCACUGGCAUGGUGUCUUUCCAAUCCUUUAUCGAUUUUAUGACCAGAGAAACCACUGACACAGACACCGCCGACCAGGUCGUGGCAUCCUUCAGGAUCCUGGCAGCCGAUAAGCCCUACAUCCUGGUUGAGGAGCUGAGGAGGGAGCUCCCCCCUGACCAGGCAGAGUACUGCAUCUUGAGGAUGGCCCCCUACAGUGGUCCAGGGGGACUCGCAGGGGCUCUAGACUACACCGCCUUCUCCACUGCCCUCUACGGAGAGAGUGACCUCUAACCCUGCAAGAUGACCCCCAAGAUUGACCUUUUGACCCCAGCCAACACUUCUGGAUGAAAUCUCCUUUAAUCAAACACACUGUAAAAGCAAGGGGAAGUUAGCUAUGUUAGAUUCACAUUAGGUAGAUAUUGUACAUUUGCCUACUAUUGUGUGGCACAGUAGUUUCCCUUAUAUGAGUUCUGCGGUGAAGUGAAGAUAGCAGAUAACAAAAACUGUUCUUCUAAGAAAAAUGAUAUGAUUGUAUAAGCUACAAUAGUUUGAUAUAAUAGAACAGUUGACUACAGUAAUAGCAGCAGUUGGAUAUGUAGCUAGAACAGAAAAAUUGCAGCCUAAUAGUAAACAUUGUGUCCUCAUCUCCUGUUAGUACCUCAUCAGGAACUAAUGUACAGUAUGAGUUCUGAUUGGGAAUAAGACAGAGUGGUAUAUGAUGAUGCAAACAUCAGGAUUCUGAUUAUUUAAAUGUUGGGAUAUCCAUUUGCUAUUUGAGAAAUUAGAUCUGGACUAUUUUAGCAAAAGCUUGAUUGAAAUGACAGUAAAGUAUGCCAUUUAAGUAUCAUAAUAGGUUCUAUGAUAGCAUACUGAUAACUGUGUAAGGUUAUCAAGUGUGCCUCUAAUACUCCAUUCUAAAAAGUAAUGACCAACAUGUUGUUUAUGUCAACAAAAUGUACUUGUGAUCUAAUCAUAGCACAUGGUGCCUGCUCUAUGCUAACUUUUCUCGCAAGUUACCCAAUAUAAAUGAAGAACAGUUUGGCUAAAGGCUAUGAGUGAUUGAUUGAACAAUACGUUCUACAGUUCACACACAAUAAAUACAUCUCAAGCCCAAAGCUAAGAGCCUCUUCACACACUUACUAGACACUUUUCGUAAACAUGUCGGCUACACGUUACUCAAAUGUAAACCUCCGGAGGUAGUGCACAACACUCUCUCAACAGCUGCCCCCCUUGAAGCAGUGUAAACAGAAUUGUCUUGUUAAUUGAGCCUACACUCCUACAGUAUAAAUGGUAAUAGUAGAGCAAUGUUUUUGAAACAGUUGAAAUGUAUAGACAUUUUCCUAAUAUUUGAGACUGAAUAUUGCAGUAACAGCCUGUUACAUUCUGAAAUUGUUGCAGUAGCUCCCGGCUGCACUGAGCCAGGGAAAACUAUGGAAGUCCAUCCUCACCACCAAAAACAUGUCAAAUGAUGGCUAUGUUUUUUUUUUUAUUUGUAACAUUGUGUGGUGAUUUCAGAGGUGGCACCACAGGUCCCAGAGUGGUGGGAGAAAAUUGUUUUCCUUGGGCCCAACGUUUUUCAUGAUCUGGCAGUAGGCUAACCUAACCAACUCUGUACGCUAGUUGUUGCAUUUGACAUAGUAAUAAAUCAGCUGUACAAAAAAAUAGGUUUUAUAUGGGCUAUGAUGGCACCAGAUCAUUUUUCUAAUCAAGUCAAAAUGAACAGAUCUGAGCUCGCUAUAUGCAGGAUUGCAUCAUUUAGGCCUUUGCGUCUGUAAUUAAAAAGAUAGUCAUACUGAAUGUCAUCACUAUUGUGUUGAUUCAUUAAUUCCAGUCAAUACUUGUUUUAUUAAAAAGGCCUAGGUAGCCUAGCCACCUGAAGUGGGAAUAUAAACCAAAUAUGAUCACAUUCACAUUUUCUCAAAAGACAAAUAAAUGGGCCUAUUUUGGGCUAUAAAUACAUGUCUUAGGCUAUCAAAUCGUGAUGUUAAGUUUUCCCUGGCCAGGCCCAGAUAGGAUCAGAGCACAAAGGCUGUUUCUCUAGGCUACCUGCAGCUGUCGUUAUCUGUAGGCUACAGUUGAACAGACGAAAGCACAGACUAAUUGUGCAUGUUGGCAAAUCACGAGUCAUAAAAUGAAAUACAAUUGGUGGCGUUUAUGGGCUUCCAUAUAAAACAGCUCAUCACGGUAAAUUAUCUUAUACCCACGUUUUCAGUCGCAAUUAUUUGCUUCUAACAUGUAAUGAUUUGCAUGAUUUUGAUCAAAAUUAAGCCUGGUUUGUUGUAAUACUGUAAGGUAGGUCUUCUGUACUUUUAUAUUCGUGUAGAGGGUUAAUCGUUUGUUUUUGAUAGGCUAACGUGAAGACAUGCCAUUAUAGCAACGCCGUGAUUUUGUCUUGAAGCUAAAAUGUAAUGAGUGUAGCCUACAGACGAGAAAAUAAACCCCUUUAAUUGUUGCAUUAUU